GGCGGCGGCGCGCGGAGCGGCCCCACCCAGCGCGAGGCGCGGCGCGGCGAGGCGGGCGGCGGGCGCGCGGCGGGCGGCAGGAUGCUGGCGCUGUUCACCAAGCUGCUGGACUGGUUCCGGGCGCUGUUCUGGAAGGAGGAGAUGGAGCUCACCCUGGUGGGGCUGCAGUACUCGGGCAAGACCACCUUCGUCAACGUCAUCGCGUCGGGGCAGUUCAAUGAAGACAUGAUCCCAACGGUGGGCUUCAACAUGAGGAAGAUCACCAAGGGAAAUGUCACCAUAAAGCUCUGGGACAUUGGCGGUCAGCCUCGUUUCCGUAGUAUGUGGGAGCGAUACUGUCGCGGAGUCAGUGCCAUUGUGUAUAUGGUGGAUGCUGCAGACCAGGAGAAGAUUGAGGCCUCAAAGAACGAACUUCACAACCUGCUUGACAAGCCGCAGCUCCAGGGCAUCCCUGUUCUAGUGCUUGGGAACAAGCGAGAUCUUGCUGGUGCCUUGGAUGAGAAAGAGCUUAUUGAGAAGAUGAACCUGUCUGCCAUCCAAGAUCGAGAGAUUUGUUGCUAUUCCAUCUCCUGCAAAGAAAAGGACAACAUUGACAUCACCCUACAGUGGCUUAUUCAGCACUCAAAGUCCAGGAGAAGCUGAGAGCCCUGAGACCACGCCUCGGAGCGAGGAAGAUGCCAUUGUCCAAGCCCUCCUUCUCUCUGUCCCCUGCUCUCUGUCCCUCUCUCUCUCUAGAUGGGUAUUUUUAGGGGACCCUAGGCUCUGCUCCUGCUGAGAUGGAGCUCCUGUUUUUAUUGUAAAGAAGCUGUCGGACUCCUCUCUCUCUCUCUCGUUUUGGCACUGUUCUGUUGUGGUCGAUGUGUACACAGUAUAUAUAUGUAUAUAUCUAUUUUAAUUUAAGCAAUUACGCUGUUACUAAACUGGGGUGUGUGACCUGUAGAAGUGCUGGAGGUGGUUUAGCCCCCAAGGCAGUAUUGGGAGGGUGUCAUGGGAGCGGAGCGGCUUGGCUGGACCAUUCCAUUCUGAAUGCAGGCCCCCAUGGGGACGUCCCUCCAACCCUGAGGCCCGUGGGCCCCUCUGGUAUCUUCACUAGGUCCAGCUCUCCCCUCCUGCCCCCCAAAAAAAGCCUUUAGAGCUCCCCAUGCCCACCCCCGCUCUGUGCUGCAUAUGGACAUGGCCCUGGGGGGCAGGGCAGUGGGGGCAUUUGAGGUCAGCAGUCUUGAGCAGGCUGUGGGGAGUCAGUGCUGUUCCCGUCUGCAGAGCCACCCCUCCUGCUCCUAGACCUCUGCCCCUUCCCAGGCAUUCGGCCUUUCGAUCCCAGGCUUAGGCAGGGAUUGGGCACUAGCUGGCAGGGGCAGGUGCAACUCCCUCCCUCUCCGCUUCCCGUCCCGCAACCCACGCCCCAAAGUCUCCGCAAGUGACUCACUUCUGCCCCCUCCCCUGGCUGUGGAGGAAGGUGGGGCACUCUGCCAUUCCCCCAGGUUGCUUUGGGGAGGUCUCCAGCUCCUUAGACGCUCUCUGGGUGGGACGAGCUGUGCAGCACGGGGGUCAGGGAGAGCUGGUACCUGCGGGCCAGCGACCAGCGCCUUGGGAAUGCUCUCUGUGCCCACAGCUGCAGAGGGAGCCGUGGCACCUGCUGACCCACGUCCUGCCCAGGUCCGUGCAGAGGGACGGUGUGCAGCACGCACUCGCCUGCGCUCUCGUUGGCUCUGCUGUGGGGCUAGGCCCCCCUUCGCUUAGGGGAGGGCUCAGCGCUGUUGCAAUUGCUGUAGAACUGAAGGCAAGGACAAAGCUCUGAGGAAGGCCUUUCCCCUCCCCCCAUGCUCCAGCAUCCGGGAGCAGGGUUCCCCUCAUGCUGCAGCCCAGGAGGGGGUGUCUGCCCCAGCUCAUGUACCAACCUCAUACCUGGGAGAUCAGGGGCUCAGGCUCUGGCGAGCCAGAGAUGGGAAAACCCCUUCCGGCCUCGUCCCGCCCUGGACCCACAGAGACGGAUUGUGCCCUGCGGUGGGGUUCUCCACCUUGGCUUCUGGGUCUAGGGGCAUGGCCCUCUCUUCUCCAGGAGGGUCUGUGUGUUGAAGGCUGGCAGCCAGAGACCCCACCCCACACCGUGUGAGUCCAGGAGCUUUAGAUAUCUCUGCCCCCUUCCCCCCCCCCGUCUGGAAGUGAGGGGGGCUUCCCUGUGCUCCAAGUUCUGGCAGUGGGGCUGCCUUACGCCCACCCCCUGCAGUGCUGGGUCUGGGCUCUCCCUUGCUUGAUGUGCUUCACCCUCUAAGCUGCUCCCUUCCAUUCCAGUGAUGUGCAUGUUGGGAGGAGGGCUGACCCUUGGGGGUGGGGGGGUUGCAGCAGGAUGGGGCAUGUCUGGCUGCCCACAGACCCAGCACAGCAGAGCUGCUCUGGAAGGUGCCAGGGCUGCUGUGCAAAGCUCCCCGUGACUCUGUUCCCAACCCAGGGCUGUUCACUCAGGGCUCUCAUGGACUAGAAACAAGCUGGCCGGCUGUGUCACACUGCUGCCCCCGCGUCUGUCCCAGCCCCAGAGGGGGCACAGCUGGGAGUGCUGGCCCAGGGGCACAUCGAGGGGGUGUUGGCCUCUCUCCCAGUACACAGGGGUCAGAGGAAAGGCCUGUCUCCAUAGAACAGCGGGGCUGAUGGGCCCUGUGUGAUGUCAGGGUGGAAUUCCUUGCCCUCUACAGCCCAGGCUAGUAGGUCUGGUCCCCGGGCAGCGGCAGGGAGGGGAAGUGGCAGCCAGGCCUGGAAGGAGGGGAAAGGAGCACCAGUGUGCCCCAGCCCAUGUGGCUUCUGUCCUGUGCUGGAGCCUGCUCUCCGGGCACUGGAGAUGGCCCGGAGCCAGCUGGGGGUGAAGCCACAGGAUCUGGGGAAGGGCCAUGAGGCGGCUGCUGCGCACAGCCUGCCUCUUUCCGGCUGAGGGCAGCUGCCUGUAAUCCAGGCCCAGCUGCAUCCCCCCGUCCAGCGUGUCAGCUCGGGGCAGCCGAGAGUCCUGGGCUCCCUCCCCAGCCCCCCGCUCUGCACAGAGCUGCUUCGGGGGAGUGGGGGUGUCCAGCCUGCUUUGUUCCCCUCUUUUCUCGUUUUCGCAGAAUUGCACAAGGAGCCAUUUCCAUGGUUUAUUUAAUGAAUUGUAAAGUGGUGUCAUAUAUUCCUUUUUUAGGAGAGAUUUUUUGGCUCAUAUUGACCUUCUCUGUUGGGAAAUGAUUCUUGUAACUGUACAAUUUUUUUUUUUUUGGCCUCCUAAUCAAAAUAAAUUAACAGUUUUGUGUUGGG